AUGGCGCUCUCACUUUCCAACUACCUCAUCUGUUUUGUCCUCACAUUCUGCUCUCUCGCUGAAGCCGCCACUCGUGUCUACAAUUUCACCGCCGAGUGGGUGAGGGCAAACCCCGAUGGCCUCUUUGAGAGGGCCGUUAUUGGCAUCAAUGGACAGUGGCCCAUUCCACGGAUCGAGGCUAUCGUUGGUGAUAGACUGAUCGUCAACCUGAACAAUAAUCUCGGCAACCAGUCGACAUCUAUUCAUUUUCAUGGGCUCUUCAUGAAUGGCACAACCCAUAUGGACGGCGUGGUUGGCACAACACAAUGCGGAGUACCACCUGGAGGCUCCUUCACGUACAACUUCACUGUGAAUCAAGCAGGCUCUUACUGGUAUCAUUCGCACUUAGACGGACAGUACCCGGAUGGGUUUAGAGGUCCACUUAUCGUCCAAGAUCCUGAGUCACCGUACACUAAUCAGUAUGACGAGGAACUUGUGAUCACGCUCUCCGACUGGUAUCAUGAUGAGAUGCCAGGGCUUAUCAAGAGGUUCCUAAGCGUUACCAAUCCUACCGGAGCAGAACCAGUGCCAAAUGCAGCCCUGAUGAAUGACACGCAAAAUCUCCAGAUUCAAGUCCAGCCAGGCAAAACUUACCUCAUGCGGUUCAUCAACAUGGCGGCAUUUGCGGCGCAGUACCUUUGGAUCGAAGGCCACACCUUCCGCAUCGUAGAAGUAGAUGGCGUUUGGACUGAGGAAGCAGAGGCCGACCUCAUCUAUGUUUCUGCAGCUCAACGGUACAGUGUACUGCUCACUGCCAAGAACGACACAUCUACCAAUUUCGCAAUCAAUGGUGCCAUGGACGCCGAUCUUUUCGAUAAGUUUCCUGAAGGGCUCAACCCAAAUGUCACUUCCUUUCUUGUCUACGACCCUUCUGCUCCCUUGCCAACUCCAUCUCUGGUCGAUGAGUACAAUGAGUUCGAUGAUCAUUUGCUUGUACCCUACGACCGUGAACCACUUCUUGAAAAUCCAGAUUACAGCUUCAAAUUGGACGUGAAGAUGGAUAAUCUGGGCGAUGGUGUCAACUACGCGUUCAUGAACGACAUCACAUAUGUUCGUCCCAAAGUACCCUCCCUUUUCACAGUUCUUACCACUGGCGCUGAGGCUUCAAACCCUGCCAUAUACGGCAUCAACACCAAUACUUUUGUCCUCGAGCAGAACCAGGUAAUUGAGAUAAUUCUCAACAAUCACGAUCCAGGCAAGCAUCCCUUCCAUCUACAUGGUCAUAACUUCCAAUGUGUGGCGAGAGGCGAAGAGAACAGCAAUGAUUACAACCCCGAAAAUGUGACCUUACCAGAAAUCCCUAUGAAGAGGGAUACAUGGGUUGUGAGGCCCAAUGGGCAUAUCGUCAUGAGAUUCCGCGCCGAUAAUCCUGGAGUCUGGUUAUUCCACUGUCACAUUGAAUGGCAUGUUGACAGUGGCCUGACUGUCACUUUCGUCGAGGCACCCCUCGAAUUGCAAUCCUCUCUCUCCAUCCCAGCAAACCACUACGCCGCAUGCAAUGCUGCUAACGCGUACCCCAAAUUCCAAACCCAGGGUAACGCCGCAGGCAGGACGACUGAUCUCCUCAACCUCGAAGGAGCACACGUUAGCCCGGCACCACUGCCAGAAGGCUUCACGGCGAGAGGUAUUGUGGCGUUGGUCUUCAGUAUCUUGGCGGCGUUGCUGGGUAUUGCGGCUGUGAUAUGGUAUGGUGUUGGCGCCGCCGUUUUCGACGGCAAGACGAUCAACCCUAACUACCUUGGUCGCGCGGCUCGCGAGAUGGUUGACUUCGUGGCGGCCAUUGAGGUAGCGCAGGCGCUGGACAUGAUUGAUGACAAGACGUUAUGGGUCGAAAUCGGGCCGCACCUUGUCCGCGCGGGCUUCGUGCGUAGCCUAGUGCCGCAGGCGCGCGUGGGCUCUUCGUGCCGGCGUAACGAGGAGAAUAUAGCCACUGUAGCCAAAACCGUUGUUACGCUGCAUCUAGCUGGCGUGACACCAUGUUGGGAUGAGUACUUCAAGCCUAACGAACAGACUUACUCUUUGCUCAACCUACCCAAGUACUCUGUACAUGCUAUCGCUAAAAACCUGACCUCAUCAAAGGCGAGUUGCGUUUCCAGACCUGAGCACUUGCUGUUUUAG